UAAUUUCACAAAUAAACAAACCUGACUAGCCUACUUGUUCUUGUUUUGAUCUGUCCUGUCGUGUCGGCAAAUCUUAUCAGUGCUGAGUUGCAGAAAAUGCUUGUGAAUUCUACUCCAUGUUAAUGUAAUUAAAUUCAGCAAAAAUGGGAAAGAGUGUAGUAGUGUUUAUUCUUCUUUUUGUAGCUUUUGCUGGUGAAAUAUCCUGUUUGUCAGAAGAAAAUUGUUACUCUUAUGCUGGGGGCAAUAUCUACCCUCAUACAUCCGGCAGUUUCGGCACGAUAGAUCAUAAAUUGCAAUUUACUAAAGCUGUCAUAUCAAAGCCAGCUCCUCAUUGGGAAGGAACAGCUGUCAUAAAAGGAGAAUUGAAAGAGCUGAAACUCUCCGACUAUGCUGGAAAAUAUUUGGUGUUCUUUUUCUAUCCAUUGGAUUUUACGUUCGUAUGCCCGACCGAAAUCCUGGCGUUCAACGAUCGCAUUGAGGAGUUUCGAGCCCUGAACACCGAAGUGGUCGCCUGCUCAGUGGACUCGCACUUCACUCACCUCGCCUGGAUGAACACGCCUCGCAAGGACGGUGGCCUGGGACCAUUGAAAAUCCCUCUCCUGUCCGAUCUCACCCAUAAAAUAUCCAAAGAUUACGGUGUCUACUUGGAGGACCUCGGUCACACUUUGAGAGGGCUUUUUAUAAUCGACCAACGUGGCAUAUUGCGGCAGAUAACAAUGAACGACUUGCCAGUGGGUAGAAGCGUGGACGAAACUCUAAGACUGGUGCAGGCUUUUCAGUAUACAGACGCACAUGGCGAGGUGUGUCCAGCUGGUUGGAAGCCCGGUCAAGCUACUAUUAUCCCGGAUCCAAUCAAGAAGAAGCAGUUCUUUGACAAAAUGAUGGAGAAAGAUUUGUAAUCCAUGACCUAAGAGAACGUCAUCUGAAAUUGAUUUCAAAGGAUUUGUCCCCAUUCAAGAUGGACUGAUAAGCCCAAAAAAGUACAUUUCAGAAUGAAGAAAAGAGCAUUUAUUUAUUAAUACGGUACUGAUUUUACUUAAACAUCACGAUAAAAGACUGAUUUUCUUGAUCAACUAUUAUUAAUUUCCAUCUAUUUAUAAUGUACACUAUAGUAACAUUCUCCGAGAUAUCAGUGUAUUUUUAACAGGAAUAAAGCGUAGAAUAGAAUGUUUGAAUAGAAAUUAAAGGUGAUUCGAAUUAAUCGUGCUGGGAAUUGAAAGUAAUAAACAACUGUACCAAAUUUAUUGCCCACUUUCCACUGUUCAUUGUAAUGUUUCCAUGAAGCUAUUAGGGUUGUAUGUUAAUAUUAUUGUCUGGAACCGUGAUUGUGAAUAUUUAAUAGGCUUUACUGAAUGAGGUAUACGUUUUAUUGAUUAGAAUCGUCAUAAAUAUUAUUACGCUUAAGAUUUCUGAGAUUUCUCGCAUCUCACAUAAAAUCCUGUAGCCCAAAACUAAAGCUGCGCUCACACCAAAUCCUUAUAGAUUCUAUUUUGAUUAAACAUAUUUUAUCAUGCACAUGAUGAACAUAUGUGUUUGUCAAGUUCCGUUCAAUCUAAUAGAAUCUAUAAGGAUUAAGUUAUUAACAUUUUGUUGAUAACUUUUGUGUAAACGCAGCUUUAGUCUCCAUAAAAUUGAACAAAAUAAGUAAUAGAUUUGUUUAUUUGUCAUGAAUUUUGCAUCGCUCGUAUGCCAAACUAUACUUAUAUGUUUUAAAGUUUGUUAGGUACUUCAAUGUAAUGUGUAAACGUUUAUAUUUCUGUGAUAUCUCAGGUGUGACUUAUUUCUCCACAACAAAAAAGUAUCAAAAUAGGAUACUGUUCUUUUUCAUUCCUUUACAAGUAUUUUUCAAAAUUAUUUUGAUUGCUUUAAUAUGAUUAAUGAUAUUUUGUAAUAGAUUGAGCUCGAAAAAAGACACAAUAAUGGAUAGCUUUAGGUAUUUAAUAGGAAAACGAAGAAAAGGAAAAUUCAUGUACUGUGGAGUGAAAAGUAAAAUUAGUAAAUUGAUUGCAUCUUAGUUUGUAAUAAUUGUUUUCUAGAUAACUAGCUGUUCAAUUUUCGUGAAAAUUCCCAAUUAAUUUAUUAUGUUUAUUUUGUGUUAUCUGUAUAACUAUAAAAUAUUAAUAUUGUCUGCCUGUAUUUCAAAUAAUAAACGUUCAUUCUUUCAAAGCAUUA